CAUCUAAAAUUAACCACACUAAUGUACUCUCUAGGUGACAGGUCAAACACCAUUGUGACUGGAAACUAACAGAUGGGGCUCUGACACAUACAGAACCACUGGAACAAGCUGUACCUGAGAUCCAAACUCACUGAAACAAGUUCAAGGAGAAGAACCACCAAAACAGCUAUGUGAAAACACAGGAGGAAUAAUUAGUUUCUGUGCCGACUAGACCAGAGACAUGCAUAACCAGGUUAUUCAGAGCUUUGAGAGGGUACUGCACAACCUCUGGUUCAUAAAAGACAUUUUUGAGCUCAUUGUUGGAGCGGUCUUUUACUUUUUUGAAGCCUUUGUUCGACUCUUUAUUCCACAUUGCAAGAAAGAUGUUGAGGGAGAGAUAGUCUUGGUGACUGGAGCUGCAAAUGGAAUUGGAAAGCUGAUUGCCAAAGAACUUGGCCACCAUGGAGCAACAUUAGUCUUAUGGGAUAUCAACUCAGACGCACUGGACAAGACAGCCAAAGAAUUAAAGCAAGUAUUGGAUGUGCGUGUGUAUGCCUAUACCUGUGACUGCAGCAGAAGAAGUGAGGUCUACAAAGUUGCUGAACUGGUUAAAAGGGAGGUUGGAGAUGUGUCAAUUUUGGUGAACAAUGCAGGCGUGGUAACAGGCAAACACACUUUCGUUGAAGCCCCUGACAAUCUGGUGGACAGAACACUAAGGGUCAAUGUUGCUGCUCAUUUCUGGACUUACAAGGCAUUUCUCCCAGCUAUGUUGCAACGAAACCAUGGGCAUCUGGUCUGUGUGGCAUGCCAUGGAGGGUUGUUUGCAAUGAACGGCCUUGCAGACUAUUGUGCAAGCAAGUCUGCAGCAGUGAGCUUUGCAGAAUCUGUUGCAAUGGAGUUGCUUGUCCUUAAAAAGGAAGGAAUCAAAACAACAAUAGUGUGUCCCUAUCUAAUAAAUACAAAAAUGUUUAGGGGAUGUCAAACAAAGAGACCAUCCUUUCUUCCAAUCUUGGAUCAGAGAUAUGUAGCAAAACAAAUUGUGGAUGCAAUACUACAGGAGAAGAUGUAUUUGCUGUUACCCUCAAGUCUACAUUUCUUGAUGGCACUUAAGAGUCUCAUGCCUGCCAAACUGGGCAUCAUCUUUGUGAACUUCAUUGGUGGGAUGGAUCUGAUGGAUCACUUCAGGGGGGUUCCUGUACCCACUAUCAACUACAAAAAGCCUCAGUGCCAACCAACUGACAGUGUCAGUGAUCCACAAACCACUCUUAUCUAUUACAACUAGCAAAAAACAGUGUAAAUCACCAGUGAUCUUAAAUGUAUGAGUAAUAUCAGUCUACUCAAGUUUACCUGUGUGAAAUAAUUACAGAACUGUGAAUAAAUGCCUUUUUUGCCCUCUC